GGACCCGUAACGGUCACCCAGCGCCAUCCCCCGCCGCGGCUGCCCGGCGUAACCGAUACGGGAAGGCUGAGGCUGGUGCUGCUCUGCCUGUUGUUGCUGCACACUACAGACUCUUUCUAUGUGCCUGGUGUGGCUCCUAUGAACUUCCACCACAAUGAUGCUGUAGAAAUAAAGGCUGUGAAGCUCACCAGCUCACGAACCCAGCUGCCCUAUGAGUACUACUCCCUGCCCUUCUGCCGGCCCACGAAGAUCACCUACAAGGCUGAAAAUCUGGGUGAGGUUCUUCGGGGGGACAGGAUUGUGAACACACCUUUCGAGGUUUCCAUGAACAUGGAGAAGAAAUGUGAAGUUCUGUGCAACCUCCACAAUAAGCCAGUGACUCUCACAGUGGAGCAGAGCAAGCUGAUGGCCGAGCGCAUCAGGGAAGAUUACUACGUCCACCUCAUUGCUGAUAACCUCCCCGUGGCUACACGGCUGGAGUUCUAUUCCAAUCGUGAGGAAGAGGAGAAGAAGAAGGAGAAGGAUGUGCAGUUCGAGCACGGAUACAGGCUUGGGUUCAUGGAUGGUAACAAGUUCUACCUGCACAACCACCUCUCCUUCAUCCUUUACUACCACAGAGAGGAUGUGGAAGAGAACCAGGAGCCAACCUACAGGGUCGUGCGCUUUGAAGUGAUCCCUCAAAGCAUUAAACUAGAAGACUUGAAGGCUGAUGAGAAGAACAUGUGCACCCUGCCCGAGGCCACAGGCUCUGCCCCUCAGGAAAUAGAUCCUUCCAAGGAGAACCAGUUGCUCUUCACCUACUCUGUCCACUGGGAGGAGAGUGACAUUAAGUGGGCUUCUCGCUGGGACACGUACCUGACCAUGAGUGACGUGCAGAUCCACUGGUUCUCCAUCAUUAACUCCGUCGUGGUUGUCUUUUUCCUGUCAGGCAUCCUGAGCAUGAUCAUCAUCCGCACCCUCCGCAAGGACAUUGCCAACUACAACAAGGAAGAUGAUAUUGAAGAUACCAUGGAGGAAUCUGGUUGGAAACUUGUGCAUGGAGAUGUCUUCAGGCCUCCACAGUACCCCAUGAUCCUCAGCUCUCUCCUGGGGUCUGGAAUCCAGCUCUUCUGUAUGAUCCUGAUUGUCAUCUUUGUCGCUAUGCUGGGGAUGCUGUCGCCUUCCAGCCGGGGUGCGCUGAUGACAACCGCCUGCUUUCUCUUCAUGUUCAUGGGGGUUUUUGGCGGAUUCUUUGCUGGCCGCUUGUACCGGACUCUGAAAGGACACCGAUGGAAGAAGGGAGCCUUUUGUACAGCCACCCUGUAUCCAGGCGUUGUCUUCGGCAUCUGCUUCGUCCUCAACUGUUUCAUCUGGGGGAAACACUCCUCUGGAGCGGUGCCUUUCCCUACCAUGGUGGCCUUGCUCUGCAUGUGGUUUGGGAUCUCCUUGCCCUUGGUCUACCUGGGUUACUACUUUGGAUUUCGCAAGCAGCCGUAUGACAAUCCCGUCCGCACCAAUCAGAUCCCCAGGCAGAUCCCAGAGCAGAGGUGGUACAUGAACAAAUUCGUUGGGAUUCUCAUGGCUGGCAUUCUGCCCUUCGGAGCCAUGUUCAUCGAGCUCUUCUUCAUUUUCAGUGCCAUCUGGGAGAACCAGUUCUAUUACCUUUUUGGCUUUCUCUUCCUGGUGUUUAUAAUCCUGGUGGUAUCGUGCUCCCAGAUCAGCAUUGUCAUGGUUUACUUCCAGCUUUGUGCUGAGGAUUACCGCUGGUGGUGGAGGACGUUCCUGGUGUCAGGAGGAUCCGCCUUCUACGUGCUCAUCUACGCCAUCUUCUACUUUGUGAACAAGCUGGAUAUCGUGGAGUUCAUCCCUUCCUUACUGUACUUUGGCUACACCGCCCUCAUGGUCCUGUCCUUCUGGCUCCUCACCGGCACCAUCGGCUUCUACGCAGCCUACAUGUUCGUGCGCAAGAUCUACGCGGCCGUGAAGAUCGACUGACGCUGCAGAGAGCCAGGGCGAGCGGCUGCCUCUGAGCCUGGGCUCCUGGGAGCCAAGGGCACGUCUCCUCCUCCCAGCUCCUGAGGAAACAAAACCCAGUGGGAGAGCCAUGAGAGAAAUAAAUAGCUCCUCAUUUUGGAAUGUGACUUUGGCACGGUGUACAUGGAUUCUGGGCUACUUCUGGGGGAAAAGGGGUCUGUAGAUACCUUGCAUUUUAACUUUAUUAUCCUGUUCCAUAUCUGAGGGAGUUUUUUAGCAGGGAGAUGUCCCUCUGUGUCAGUAAAACCCCCUUUUUGCUAAUUCAUCCUUUUUUGUUGUGACAUUGGUGACGAAUGGAGUUCAGACGGCAGCGGGAGCACUCGUGGAAACGUUUUCUUCCAGCCCCUUCGGGUGCUCUGGGAUUCAGGGAGACUCUUCAGACAACCAUCACGCCGGGUUUCUUUCCUGCCUGCACGGAGGAGGGAGCUUUACUGUGGCAAACUGAAAGGAGCUUGGAGCCUGAGCCCCGGCGGCGGCGUGUUCACAGCGGGCUGGAGGAGCCACUGGGAGCCUGGCAAGUGCGACUUCAGCCCAGAGCGCUGCAGAGCCCUGAGCCUCGGCAUCGCUCCUCCCCCGCCGGCCUCAGCAGGAGGAAGGGCUGAGGGGGAGGGGAUUCCCUCUCCGCGGGAGUGAGGUCGCUGCCGGUGCUGGACAGGACUGGAGGGAUGUGUGAGGUACCGACCUGGCUGUGUUUUGUCGGUGGGCUGAGCCACUGUGAGUGUGUGCAGAGGGGCUGGGGACAGAGGCAGCGGCCCCCAGGGGCUCUCCCAUGGCCAGGAGCAGGCUGUGCCCUCCCUGCCCUCUGCUCCAGCUGCUCUCUUCUCCUCAAUCCUCUACCUCCAGGGAACAGGAGGUGUGUGCCCUGGAGCUGGAGCUUGUUCUCCUGCCCUGGGAGGGCUGGUGGGGCUCUGCUGUGGUGGGCUCCUCUCUUUGCCAGCAUCAGCCCCUGGGCAGCUCUUGUUAAAAGAGGUUAAAAAGGUUUUUCUAUUCUGGUCACUUCAGUUUACCAGUGAAAAGGUUCCACAGUGCAGUGAAGGCUCCCUCCUUUCCCCAGACCUGCUGGACUCAGUCAGGGCUGCAGGGGAGAGGGUUUUUAGUGAGGUGUUUGUACCCAAUGAGGCCUCUGAGUAACCAACUGCCACAGGCAAACCCCUUCCAAUCCAGGACUGCCCAAAGCCUUCCCUGUCAGCAGCACUGAUGUGCACCCAUCAGGGGUUUGGGGCUCUGUUAACCUCAGUUGCCAUAAGUUUCCAGCAGGUCCCUGCCAGGAGCUGUGUCUCACAGUGGCCGUGGCCCUGUGGGAGGCUGCCCAGGGGGUGACUCCUUGCCAUGGAGCCUCCCCAGCCUUGUCCAGGGGCUCCUGUGGCUGCCCAUCAUGCCAAAGUCUAAUGAGCCAGGAGUCCUGGGUGGGAAAAGGCAGCGAGGCCUGUGCAGGGAGGCUGUGCCCAGAGGCCUGUGUCACUUCUGAUUUGAGGUCACUCUGAGAUUUCAGUUGAUUUCUUUUUCCUGUCAUGUUCUGCCCCAGCCCCAGGGGAGAGGCUUAGCCAGCACUGGUUCCUCUCCCUUCCCUGAAGUGUUUUCUCUGUAUUCUUUGUAAUUUUUAAUUAAUGUAUGUAUUCUUUGUGUCUCACUGUAAAUAAAUCUGCCAUUGUCCUCU